AUGCCAUCACUUACAAAAAGGCAGAAACAUUUAAAAAAUUUGUCUCUAAGAAAAAAAGACUUUUCGAAAGUUGUUCUUCACGAUAAUGAAAUUGAAAAUGAAAAUGAUAACGAAGAUAAUGAAGAUAAUGAAUCAAUUAAUGAAAAUGAUAAUGAAUCAAGUAACGAAUCAAUCAAUGAAAGUGAUGAUGAAUCAAGUAACGAAUCAAUUAAUGAAAGUGAUGAUGAAUCAAAUAGUAAUAGUGAUAAUGAAAUAAGUUGGGAUACAGAUUUAGAUUCUAAUUGUAGUUAUUUUGUGAAAGUCCUUCAAAAUGAAAUAAAUAAUUAUAAGCCUUCUGCACGUCGUUCUGUCUACUUGGGAAAUGCACCACGAGCUAGGCGAUUUCAUGCUGCACAAGCUAAAAAAACAUCUGAAGAUAAUGGACAAAUGAUUUACAAAAAAUUGUUCCUGAGGCAAAUAAAUCUUUUAAAUAUAUGGAAUAUUAUAGACAAGGAUUAG